AUGGCAAUUUCUCGCAGUCGGCUGAUUCUUCAGCGUCAAACCUCUGGCCAAAGUCAUCUUGGAAGGAAGGUUUCCGGUCUUUUGAAACGUACUCUCUCUUCUGCUCCAGCCAUCACUGAGACCACUGAGACAGCUUCCGUCGUGGUGGAUUUGCCCACUCGUCAUUCGUGGAAGCAACCACCUCGUAUUUGCGGUGAUGUUCAGGAGUUGACAGAAUCAACAGCUUCGAUUUUGGAGCAACCACUUGGUUCCUUGUACGUAUCAAAUGCUGCUCACUCUUUCAAGGAUCCCACUAGUAGCAUCGAACAUCAACGCAAUGAGGUUUACGAAACUGCUGAUGCUACCAUUCAACAAGUAGAGUAUUUGAUGCGAGGACACGCGUCCUUUGUGGAAGGAUCCAUUUAUGACAGAGCUGGCAGCACAGGUAGUUCGUUGUCUGGACCCGAGCACUUGGAACAAAUGCAACAACUUUUGCAGAAAAUGCAGCAAGAGGGGAACUUGUACAUGAGACUGCGGGAGGAACACUUAAAGCUAGCAGAAGAUGAAACUGGAGAAGAGGAUGGCGAAACGGUUGCCCAAUCGGAAGAGUCUCCAGAUAUGGACUUUGCCCCGCCUGGUGCUACCAUUGCCAUGUACGAUGUGGUCUUGGAUUCUAUGGCCGUUCAGUCCGAGAGAAGGGAAGACCCGCUCCUUUUCUUUCAAACUAGUUUGCAAGCCUUGCAAGCAUUUGAAUUGGACGCCGAGUUCUUGAUGACGCAAGAAGACAAAAGAAAAAAGGAAUACUUCCAACAACGUGACACCUACACACUAGCGACACCUGUCACCUACAAUGCAGCCCUUCGUGGAAUUGCCGUCCAUACAUCCUUUGCCAACCCACAACAUCGGGACAAUGCUCUGAAUGCUUCCUUCCACUUGUACAACCAUAUGACCCAUUCUGAACAUUUGCUUCGCAACUCCGCCAGUAUUGGGUACAUGCUUCAGAUUGUGAAUCAAGCUUUGCCGGACAGUCGGGUCAAGGGUAAUAUUAGUGUGACCUUUUGGAAGCAAGCCUGUCAAAUGGGUUUGGUGACACCGCAAGUUGUGGAAAGCAUGCAAAGUAUUCACAAAGACUUGAAAUGUGGGCCUGAGUUUGAGCCGGUAGUAAAGCAAUUGGAAACGCCGCUGUCAGACUUUCCGCAACGCUAUCGAAGAGCAGUGAAGCAGACGAGGCAUUCAGCAAACUAUUAG